AUGACGAAGGAGACGCCGACAACUGAUGGGAGAAGGAAUAAUAGAGGUCAAGGGAAGAAGAAGAUCGAGAUUAAGCGAAUCGAGAAUAAAUCUCAAAGAAUGGUCUGUUUUUCUAAGCGUAAAGCCACUCUCUUUCAAGCUGUGACUCAAUUUCGACAAUCUACUGGACAUCAAGAUGUUGCCGCCGUAGUCUUCUCCCCUGCCGGUCAAAUGUACACCUCCGGCAACAGCGGACCCGCUUUUGACGUUGUAGUUGACCCAAUUUUGCAACUUUCUGAUCCUUCUACCGUAGAGGAUAUCAAGGGUGACGAUUCCGACGAUUCUGGGUUUCUGAUCGGAUGGAUUUUGAACAGUAUGGGUUUCGAUGAUCUUGAGUUGCAGGAUUUGGAACAUUUGGCCGCGAUGAAGACGGAUUUGGAGAAGAUGAAGGGCGAAGUGGACAAAGUAUAUCUCGUUUGGGAUCUUCAUGCUGAUAUGAUUUUAGAAUGCUUUCUUUUUUAA